AUGGAGAGAAAGCAUGAGAAGGUUUACAUAGUGUAUUUAGGGGGUGUCAGCCAGGGCCAUGAUCCUCUUCUCACUUCACACUCUCAGCUUCAACUCCUUUCUAAUGUCUUUCCAAGCAAAGAAGUAGCGGAAGACUCCAUUCUUUACAGCUACAAGCAUGGGUUCUCCGGCUUUUCGGCAAAGCUCAAUGCUACCCAAGCAGCCACCUUAGCAAAUAUGGAAGAAGUGAUAUCAGUAUUCAAAAGCCGGACAGUGAAGCUGCAUACGACAAGAAGCUGGGACUUCAUGGCACUUCCUCUAGUUCCCUACCGUCAUCGUCGUCGUGAUCAUCAAGUCCCUGAUCCAUUGUUUCACCUCACUCAUGGUGAUGAUGUUAUUAUCGGCAUACUGGAUUCAGGGAUAUGGCCUGAAUCAGAAAGUUUCAAAGAAGAACCAGGAACAGGUCGAAUUCCAUCUUGUUGGAAAGGAAAAUGUGUGCAAGGAGAAAACUUCAAACCAUCAACCGCCUGCAACCAGAAGCUUAUCGGCGCACGCUACUAUCUCCAAGGCUUCGAAGCAGAGUACGGCCCACUCAGCCAAACCGGCAACCCGGAGUACAAAUCUCCGAGAGACUACCUCGGUCACGGCACCCAUGUUGCCUCCAUAGCCGUAGGUUCUGUAGUCAGAAACGCCAGCUUCUUUGGGUUGGGUCAAGGCACGGCUCGAGGUGGCGCACCAAGAGCUCGCCUUGCCGUUUACAAGAUGUGCUGGGGUUUAAACAAUGGUUCUCGGUGUUCUGAGGCUGACAUUCUUGCAGCCUUCGACGACGCUUUGCAUGACGGAGUUCAUGUUAUCUCCGCUUCUUUUGGGUAUCCGCCGCCGUUGACGAGGUUCUUGGAGUCUUCGGCGGAUAUCGGAGCGUUUCAUGCAAUGCAGUUGGGUGUUAGUGUGGUUUUCUCGGCUGGGAAUAGUGGACCUCAUCCGGGUCGGGUUGAAAAUGUUGCGCCAUGGUCAAUUUCUGUAGCUGCUUCUACUAUUGAUCGGAAUUUUCCUACUCGGAUUAUUGUCAACGAAACUUUCUCUAUUAUGGGAGAAAGCUUCAUUACCAAUAAGAUUACAGGAACUAAAUUGGCGGAUGCAUCCAAGUACUUUUUUGAUGGGAGUUGCAGGACAGAGAGCUUGAAGGACCCAGAUAUAAGUAUAGAAGGAAAGGUGGUGAUAUGUUUUUCUAGCAGAGGAAAAGUCGAAGAUGGCGAUGCACAAGAAGCAUUAUAUGAUAUAAGAGCAUCUGUGUUGGUUUACGUUGACGAUCCCACAAAACAAUAUGCUGAUUUAGAUAUCAUCCCCACUGUUCGACUCGAUAUGGAUCAAGGCACCAGACUCCGCAAUUAUCUUUCCCGAUUUAUCAAGCUUCCAAUGGUGAGGAUAGAACCAAGCAGAACCCUAAUCGGAAAAUUACCAGCGCCGGAGGUUGCAUAUUUCUCUUCAAGAGGACCCAGUUCACUAGCACCUGAUUUUCUCAAGCCGGACAUUACUGCACCGGGAGUGAAUAUAUUGGGAGCAUGGCCUUCAAAAACUCCUCCAACCUUUUUCCCAGGCGACCGUCGUUCUGUGAAUUGGAAUUUCCUGUCUGGAACUUCAAUGGCCUGUCCUCAUGUUUCCGGCGUCGUUGCUCUCCUCCGAUCGCGUUAUCCAACCUGGUCUCCCGCCGCCAUUAGAUCGGCUCUAAUCACCACCGCGGACAGUAAAGAUAGAAGCGACGAGAGAAUAUUGGCUGAUGGAUCAAUGAAAGUCAGCGACCCAUUCGACGUCGGAGCCGGCCAUUUAAACCCCAUGAAAGCCAUGGAUCCAGGGCUUAUAUACGACAUGAAAGCCAGCGACUACAUUCAGCUUCUCUGCAACAUCGGGUACAACAAAACCCAGAUCGCCAAAAUGAUUAUUCUUCCAGGAACCAACGUAAAAUGUGGAAGAAAACAUGAGGAGCAGAUGAUGAACCUGAAUUACCCUUCCAUCACCGUCUUCAACCUCCAGUCCGCAGCAACUAUCAAAAGGACUGCGCGUAACGUGGGAAGGAAUAGAUAUGCCGUGUAUUUCUUGAGCAGUGUUGUGGAGCCUAAAGGAGUGGAGGUGAUGGUCUGGCCGAGGGUCUUGAUAUUCUCGCCGUUGACGGCGGAGAUUUGUUACUACGUGACGUUGACGCCGGUGAAGGAGAGCGGAAGGCGGUAUGAAUUUGGGGAGAUUGUUUGGUCUGAUGGAUUGCAUGGGGUCAGAAGUCCACUGGUUGUGUUUCUCGGCGACGCCAUUAACGUCCAUCACCACCAACUAUUCUCUGCGUUUUGA